AUAACGAAACUGCAGUUUAUACAUUGAUGCCAAUGGUAAUGGCUGAUCAGCACAGAUCUGUUUCAGAGUUGCUGACAAAUUCCAAGUUUGAUGUCAAUUAUGCAUUUGGUCGUGUCAAGAGAAGCUUACUGCAUAUAGCAGCAAAUUGUGGCUCUGUUGAAUGCCUUAUUCUACUACUGAAGAAAGGAGCAAAUCCAAAUUAUCAAGACAUUUCUGGGUGUACACCCCUUCACUUAGCAGCGAGAAAUGGGCAGAAGAAAUGUAUGGGAAAAUUAUUGGAGUAUAGUGCUGAUGUGAACAUCUGCAACAAUGAAGGACUGACUGCGAUUCAUUGGUUGGCUGUAAAUGGGCGCACUGAGCUUCUUCACGAUCUGGUGCAACAUGUUACUAAUGUGGAUGUUGAAGAUGCAAUGGGUCAGACAGCUUUACAUGUAGCCUGUCAGAAUGGGCAUAAAACG